AAUCAAAUGCAAGCCAUUCAUGAAAAUUAUACAGAUAAUCCAUCGUCAUCAAUAACAAGGGAAAGGCAGCAUGAAGAUAUGAAAGGCGCCCAAUUUGUGGUCCAAUCCAAUCUUAAAAUUAUGUCAAGAUCCAUCGCAGCGCUGAGCAAAAUCUCUGAAGACGUGUUAAUUGAGGUUUCCGAAGGCGGGCUCUUCUUCAAAACAGUGAACCGUUCAAAGUUCUGCGUGUUCCGCUUUGCACCAGAAUUUUUCAACGCUUGCGAUGUAUCAAUGAUUAACAAAAAAGCAGUGAAUAUUUGCAGAUUAUCGAUGAAAUCAGCUCAGCGUAUUUUCAAGGGCGUCGCGUUCGGGGAGAAGAACUUUGUUGGAUGUGAAUUUCGAAUCGAUCCGAAGGCUGAACGGAUGAUGGUGAAGCUUCAGAUGAAUUAUGAUAUUGAGCGAACAAUUCACGCAAAGCUUCGAGAAAUGGGAUCAAUGCUUCAUAAGCCAACAUAUAAUCGUUCUGGAUGUAGAAAUAUCACUGUCGUUUUUGCAUCAACGCUUCUCCCAAUCUUCGUUCAAAUGAAAGGUGACAUUGAAGUAACAAUGAAAGUAACAGAUGAUGGUCUAACAAUUCGAAAUUUCCAUUCAUUGGACGGUGUUACAAUGUUCAACAUGGGAGUUGAAAAAGGCGCCAAAAAAGUAAAAACUGAGACAACAAUCACUUGCGAGAAGCUCACCCGGCACAAAAUUCAGAUUCCCGUCGAAUUUUCUUUUUCGAUUAAGGAAUUUUUAUCGAUUGUCACAUUUGCCGAUCAGUUGGGAUCAGAAGUUUGCAUGUAUUAUGAUCUACCAGGAAAACCGUUGAUUGUAUCAAUUGAAGCUCAUCCUAAUUUUGAUAUUGAGCUGGCGUUGGCUACGAUGGGAAGUGACGAUGAAAUUGACUUAGAUGGAGGCAUUUUGAAAGAAACUAUGGCGCAGCAUGAAGAGGAGGAAGAUAAAUCUACUGCUCAUUCAUCAAGCUCCCGCCGAAAAUCAAAAGCAAUUGACACUUCAAGUUCAGGAACUCAAAAAUCAAAAAAAUGCUCCGAAUCACUGUCACAAGAAGAAACUACUCGCUCGCAAUCCCUUCCCAGCAGAAACCGCUUCGUUCCAGAAAUUCCAGUCGCCGAGCAAUCUUGGAGAGAUCGUGAAGUGACUGUGUAUGAACAACGAGAACCGUCUCCUGAUCUACAAAUUGUUGAAGAAGUUAUGGAAAUCGAUAAUCAACCGAUAGUCACCAGAACAAUAAAAGAAGAGCAUUCCGUAGAACAAGCAAUGCAAGAUGUCAGUAUUGAAACAAUUCCUGUAGAGACCCCCGAAGAAAAUAUAAUUCCCGUAGAAGUAGAAAUGCUAGAAGAACCUGAACAAGAAGAUCAAGAAAUAUUCAAAAUUCCCCAGCCGAAAAGAAGAAAAACCGCCGAAGAUGACAGAAAUAGAAAGAUUCGUCGAAUUCUAAUGGGAACUGAAACGACGUCUAAAAUGAGAAUGAGCCAACAAUUCGACAAGCGGCUUGGUCCAUUGGUUUCGGAUACUCAAUAUGAAUCGAGAUGACCGUUGCGAUGACGUUUGGCACCUGCAAGGAUAACGGGUUUUUGUUGGAAAUGAUAAUUUGUUUGUUUUUGAAAGUUCAAUUAUUUUUAAAGCUCGUGUGUAAUAAUUUUUUUAGUUCAUGAAAAAAAUGUUUUUAAACACUUUUAAAAUGAAAACGAUACAUC